AUGCGCCGGGCGCAGUUCGCCAAGAAUGAGGCACCGCGGAUCGCCGCCGUCUGGCUGCGGGCGGCCGCGACGCAGGUCGCCGACUCGCGGCGGCGACGCGCCAAAAAAGCAGAGAUCGAGGCGGCGCGGGCCGCGGCGCCCGUGGGGCAGCGCACGCGACACGUCGAGCCGCUGCCGCCGACGUUCGCCGUCAAGGUGCCCAUCCGAGGGCUCGUCAAAGGGGUUUGGCGGGACGGCACCGCGACGGUGCUCACGGCGUCGUUCGCCUACGACCGCGACGACGGGGAGCGGAAGGAGGCGCCGCUGCUCAACGCUGAGGAGAUGAUGCCCAUCGUCGUCGACGAGCCGCCGGACGGCGCCGACGACGACGACGACGACGUCGAGGAGGAGUCGGUGCCCGUCCGCGUCCGGGCGACGGAGGCGUCCUUCGAGGUCGUCGACGUCCGCCCGGCGGCCGCGGCGGACGCGUUUAAGCGCAUGGCCGCCAAGCUGCGAGCGUCGCGGCCGAAGCCGGCGACGGUGCUCGAGGACGCCGGCCUCGAGGCGCCGCCCUACAUCGCGCUGCGAUCGCGAGGCAGCCCGAAGACGCCGUCGCUCUUCCGGUCCGACGAGGACCUGUCCUUUUCGGCGUCCGAGCCGACGUUCCGCACGAACUGCACGGGCAACGUGUGCAGCGUGCAGCACAAGGAGGACGUGAAGCUCGUGCGGAGCGGCGUGUCGCUCCGGGAUUGCAACAUCGGCAUCCCCGGCGUCGCGGCGCUCCUCGACCUCCCGGCGGCGGCGGCGACGGUGCUCGAGGAGGAGCUCAAACCUACGGAGGCCGGCAAGAUCUUGGCGGACAUGCUGCCGCCGAAGGUGCUGCCCUGCGUCGUCGGCCACCUCAUCGAAAAGGGGGCGAUUCCCAAAACCUGCGCCGUCGCCGCCUUUGGGGGAAGCGUCGGCGGCGGCACGGCGCAGGUCGUCGCCGUUCAGCGGAAAGGCGGCAAGGAUGUCGUGGACAGCGUCGACGACGCCUACGACGAGUCGAAGGGCAGGCCGACGUUCGGCGUCGUGACCAACUCGUGCGAGCCGUGGACGACGUGCUCGGAGUUCUACAAGGACGUGCCGCUGGCGCUGCGGCCGGGCGUGUGGCACACGCCCGCAAUCAUCCAGAGGCUCAUCAGCAGGGACAGCAAGGGCAAGCUCGCGGGCGGCCUCAUCGAGAACUCGCCGGAGUUCGCCCCAGUGUUCCUCCGCCACAAGGAGCUCCACUCGCCCUGGUGGUGGACGAAGAAGAUGCUGAUGGAGGCGGGGUUUCACGUCCUCGCCUUCGCCCCCCUGCCCAUGCAGGACGUCGGCUACAGCAACAAGCGGAAGCGCGCGAUCGUCGUCUUCUACCGCGCGGCCCCGGGCAGCGCGUCGGGCUUCCGGCCCGACGCGGAGAGCCCGAACCAGACGGCGACGUCCUGGGACCAGACCUGCUCCUCCUUGCCGUCCUUGGUCGUGAACGUGCGCCAGUGGGGGUUCGACCCCACGACGCAGACGCAGUUGCUCAUGGUCUCCGGCCGGCCGCACCUGGGCGUCGCCACGCGGUCCAGCGACAUCGCCGCGGCGAAGUCCACGAUCCGGCGCAUCUGGUUCGGCUUCAUGUGCACGAUGUGGCUCCGCAUGCUCCCCGUCGUCGCGCUGGGCGCGAGCCUGAACAUUUCAGACAUCGUCACAUUCUCAUCACGAGACUUUACGACGCAAACGACGGCGACGAGCGCGGCGAACGAGACCGCCGCGUUCCUAUUGAACGGCGGCGGCGGCGGCGGCGGCGCGGCCGGCGGCGGCUUCGGCGGCGGCAUGGGCGACGGGCCGCCCGACGGCCCCGGCCGCGGCGGCGGCGCCCGGCGGAGCGACGACAUCCUCGUCUUCGGCAUGAAUUUCGAGAUCGGCGAGGUCGCGCGCGGCGUGCUCCCCGGCGUGUACCGCGUCGCCCUCCGCGGCGCGCGCGGCGUGCGCGGCGUGCGCCGCGUCAGGCUCCGCGGCUCCCGCCGCCGCGCGCGCCACCUCAUGCGCGGCAGCCGGCGACGCCCGGACAGCCCGGACCGCGCGGCGGCCGGCGACGCCCAGACCGCCGGCGUCGCCCGGCGGCUUGCUGGCGGCGCUGCGCACUACGCUGCGCACUACGCCGCCGCCGCGCGCCGCGCCGCCGCUGGCCUCCUCCGCCUCGCGGGCCGGAUGUGCAAGCGGCGCGGCGCGGCCGACGCGACGCUCGCCGUCGGCGUCGGCGGGCCCUCGGCGCCCGACGCGCAGGCGACGACGACGGCGGCCAAGGCCAAGGCCGCGAAGAAGAAGCGCGCGGGCCCGUUCAUCGCCAAGGCCAAGGCCGCGAAGAAGAAGAAGAAGAAGCGCGGCGGCACGUGCCCCGCGGCGACGACGACGACGGCGGAGGUCAACGGCCGCGACGUCGGCGUCUACGAGGAGGCGGGCGUCGAGGGCGCGAAGGCGCGGAUCGCGGAGUUCAUGGAGAAUUUGGACGAUAGAUUCAUCUCGCUCUACGGCGGCGGCUCGGGGCGGAACCUCGACGGCGCGCUCGACCGAAUGUGGAGCCACACACGCAUCCUGAACAACGUCGGUUGGUUGGGCCUCGCGGACGCCGACGGCAACGUCAACUCCGUGCUCAUCAAGGUCACGGGGCUCCACAACGGCGACGCGAACGGCAAGGCGACGGCCGAGGCCACAGAGGCCAUCCUGCUCGACCACGCGCUGACGUUCUCGGGCCUCUCGCCCGCCAACGUCAACAAGGCCGGCGCCAACGUGUUCAUCGACAAGGACGGGAGCAUGUGGUUUUAUCUCUGCGCGGCGACGGUGCCGGCGCGCGGGAAGCGGGACCUCGCGGAGCUGGCGAGGCGUGCGGGGAAGAAACCCCCCAGCAAAUGGGUGCUCAAAACCGACAAGCGGAGCCGGGGCGUCUGCAAGCGGAGCCGGGGCGUCGACGCGGCGAGCCGAGGCGUCGCGAAGAAGGUGAGCUCCACGUGGACGCAGGCCAUGGACGACGCGAUCGUGUCGCUGGUCGAGAGCAGCGGCGGCGUCGACGGCGUUUCUUCGGCGGACUGGAAGUCGCUCGCGACGAGGCUGGGCAAGGUCAAGGUCGAUUCCUUCGGCAAGCGACGGUACAACACGUGCAGGCUAAGGUACGUCGAGCACCUGGACCCGACGCGCAUCACGGGCUCGUUUAGCGUCACGGAGAUGCGGGUGGUCUACGAAGCCGCGGGCUUGGCGCGGGCGACGUCGGAGGCGCCGCGCUUCCCGCCACCCGACGACGGCGACGAGAUCCACAUUUGCUGGCGCAACGCGGCGGGCGGGUCCGUGGGCGGCGGAUACUGGCGGGCCGUCGUGGCGACGCACCCCGUGUCCGGCCAGCGCGUCGUCUACGGCCGCGACCGCGACGCCGGCUGGUGGGACGAGCCCGUGCCCUUCGACAUCGACGCCGACGACUGGAGGCCGGCGACGCCCGCGCCCGUCGAGACGCCGCCGUCGACGACGCCCGCGCCCGUCGAGACGCCGCCGUCGACGACGCCCGCGCCCGUCGAGACGACGCCCGCGCCCGUCGAGACGACGCCCGCGCCCGUCGAGACGACGCCGUCGACGACGACCGCGCCCGUCGAGACGCCCGCCGGCGGAUGGACCGCGGCGGCCGUGGCAGCGGUUUUCCAGGGCAUGGAUUUCUGCGUGACGGGCAACUUCUACGGCCUCAAGCAGGACGCGGUCGAGGCCUUCUGCGAGGGGUUCGGAGGGUUCAAGGUCACACGGGUGGACCGGCCCGGAGCCGUCUUGAUCCGCGGGCUCAAGAAGGGCACGACCGAGCCCAUCAAGAGCAACAAGGUCGACGUCGCGCUCGCCGCCGGCGCGACCAUCGUCGAAGCGGGCGUGUUCGGGGACAUGGUCGGCGGCGGCGCGGACCUCAACCUCGGCAAGGACGGCGUCCGCGCGAUGGUCGAGUCCUUCGGGGGCCGCGUCACGGGCGCCGUGUCCGGCAAGACGGACAUCCUCAUCGUCGGCAAGGAGCCCGGCAUGUCCAAGGUGAGCAAGGCGCGCGCGGCGAACGUCACGCUCAUGACGCUCCACGACCUCAAGCUCGGCAUCGCGCACGGUGACGUCCUGGCCGCGGCCCAGCCCGUCGUCAUCAAGGUCUUCAGCGCGGGCUACGGCGGCAACGGCCUGGCACUGGGCGCGUCCGACGCGGAGUACGCCUUCGCAGCCGGCGUCGCCCAGCAGCCCACCGUGACGCGCCAGCGCGCGCCCAAGGCCUCCCGGGCUUCCAAGACGAAGCGCGCGGCGGCAAAGAAGAAGAAA